AUAGCUUUUGGCUUGAGCAGUGGAAGCAGGAGGUUGCCUCGGCUGACAUUGGGAAGGUCUCAGCAAGGAUGGUGGUGGUGAGAAUUCAGUUUUUGUGGGUUUUUUUUUUUUUUUAAGACCUAUUAUAAGUUGAGAUGGCCAAUGAGACACCUGUCUAGUAGUUUGAUGACUCUAGAAUUCCGGGCUUCACGAGAGAAGCAGAACACAGUUUGGAGUAAUCGCUACAUAAGUGGUGUUUAAAACCAUGGGACUGGAGAUCAGCUAGGAUCGUGCUGUUCAGUUAGCUAGCCACGGGCCAUAUGCGGCUUUUGAGCACCUGAAUUGUGGAUCGUUUGACUUGAGAUGUGCUGUGUCAAACAUACACCGGAUUUCCAAGACUCGUGAGUUUCAUCAAGAUGCGGAUGCAGCCUGUUCAGUGAGAGCUUUGAUGUAAUGUGGCCUUUGCAGAAGAACCACAGUCGGAGAAAGCGCACACGUAGGAACUUUGACGCAGUUAAUGCAGGUUCUGCCGGAGACUUCCAUUUGGCCUCAAUGAAAGUAAAGUAGAAAAUCACAUCUACAUGUGUAUUGCUGUCAGGAUGUUGAUUCAUUGGUCAUGCCUGAAGAGGGAAAUUCUGUUCUAAUGGCUGACUGCCAGCAAAAAUAGAUGCUUAUCCUAGAUGUCAAGCAUCUCCUUUUUACUGGAGUGAAAAUCCCCUCCAGAUACCAACAGAACAUCAACUGCAGAAAAUGCUUCACAUUUUAAGGAUGUCAGCAACCUAAAUUCAUGCGCCCCAUCUGUACAGUUGUUGUGGAUGGUUUACCAUCUGAAAGCUCCUCAAGCUCUUAUCCAGGCCCCGUAUCUGUUUCUGAAAUGUCUCUCCUUCAUGCUCUGGGCCCAGUGCAGACCUGGCUGGGGCAGGAGCUGGAGAAAUGUGGCAUCGAUGCCAUGAUUUAUACCCGCUACGUCCUCAGUCUUCUGCUGCACGACAGCUACGACUACGACCUGCAGGAACAGGAGAAUGACAUCUUCCUGGGCUGGGAAAAAGGAGCUUACAAGAAAUGGGGAAAGAGUAAGAAAAAGUGCUCAGAUCUGACUCUGGAAGAAAUGAAAAAACAGGCUGCUGUUCAGUGUCUUCGCUCUGCUUCUGAUGAAAGCUCUGGUAUCGAGACCUUAGUGGAGGAGCUCUGCUCCAGACUCAAAGACCUUCAGAGUAAGCAAGAAGAGAAGAUUCACAAAAAGUUAGAGGGGUCUCCCUCUCCAGAGGCAGAAUUAUCCCCUACAGCAAAGGAUCAAGUGGAAAUGUACUAUGAAGCAUUUCCACCACUGUCUGAGAAACCAGUUUGCCUGCAAGAAAUCAUGACGGUGUGGAACAAGUCUAAAGUCUGUUCUUACUCUAGCUCUUCUUCAUCAUCCACAGCCCCACCAGCUAGCACAGACACAUCCUCCCCCAAGGACUGCAACAGCGAAGGCGAAGUCAUCCAGGAAAGAAGCAACGAAGCACCCACCUCUGUACACGCGAAAACCCAGAGCAGAAGUAAAAGCGAGAAGGAGAACAAAUUCAGUAAUGGCACAAUGGAAGAGAAGCCUGCUUUGUACAAAAAGCAGAUCCGACAUAAACCUGAAGGAAAGAUUCGCCCUCGCUCAUGGUCUUCCGGCUCGAGUGAAGCAGGCUCAAGUUCAAGUGGUCAUCAGGGAGAAUUAAAAGCAUCCGUGAAGUGUGUGAAAGUCAGACACAAGACACGAGAGAUUCGAAACAAGAAGGGGCGGAACGGGCCCAGCAGGCUCUCGCUGAAGCCCGGCGACAGGGCUGAGCGGGGCAUGCCCGCGGGGGGGAGCAGCGGGGGCUCCUUCAAGCCGCUGUGCCGGCGCGGGAAGAGGCCCUUGAAGGACCCGGGGAGAAGGGACACCGGGAGUGCCGAGGGAAGAGACCUGUCCCUGGAGAGCAGAAACGACAGAGAAUAUAAAGAGGAACCACUGUGGUACACUGAACCAAUUGCUGAGUAUUUCGUUCCUUUGAGCAGAAAAAGUAAACUAGAGACCACAUACCGAAACCGACAGGACACGAGCAAUCUGACGUCAGAGGCGGUGGAAGAGCUGUCAGAGUCCGUGCACGGUCUUUGUCUCAGCAACAAUAAUAUUCAUAAAACAUACCUCGCAGCAGGUACUUUCAUUGAUGGUCAUUUUGUAGAAAUGCCUGCGGUUAUCAAUGAGGAUAUUGACCUCACUGGGACCUCAUUCUGUUCUCUCCCAGAGGACAACAAGUAUCUGGAUGAUAUUCAUCUAUCAGAAUUAACGCACUUCUAUGAAGUGGAUAUUGAUCAAUCCAUGUUGGAUCCUGGUGCCUCAGAAACAAUGCAAGGAGAAAGUCGGAUUUUGAAUAUGAUUCGACAAAAAAGCAAAGAGAAAACAGAUUUUGAGGCAGAAUGUUGCAUAGUGUUAGAUGGAAUGGAGUUGCAAGGGGAACGUGCAAUAUGGACAGAUUCCACCUCUGUGGGUGCCGAGGGCUUCUUCCUGCAAGACUUGGGCAAUCUGGCUCAGUUUUGGGAGUGCUGUUCAUCCAGCUCGGGCGAUGCCGAUGGAGAGAGUUUUGGGGGAGAUUCUCCAAUUCGACUCUCUCCGAUCUUGGACGGCACAGCGCUCAAUCCGCAUUUGCUUGCUGGCAAUCAGGAGCUCUUUACAGAUGUUAAUGAAGGAUCUGGCAUAAACUCGUGUUUUUCAGUGUUUGAAGUGCAAUGCAGUAAUUCUGUUCUACCAUUUUCGUUUGAAACUCUCAACUUGGGAAAUGAAAAUACAGAUUCUAGUGCUAAUAUGCUUGGGAAAACCCAGUCUAGAUUGCUAAUAUGGACCAAAAAUAGUGCCUUUGAAGAAAAUGAACACUGUUCUAAUCUUUCAACCAGAACUUGUAGCCCAUGGUCCCAUUCGGAAGAAACACGUUCAGACAACGAGACAUUAAAUGUUCAGUUUGAAGAGUCCACGCAGUUUAAUGCAGAAGAUAUUAAUUAUGUAGUUCCUAGAGUCUCGUCAAAUUAUGUAGAUGAAGAACUUCUAGAUUUUUUGCAAGAUGAAACUUGCCAGCAAAACAGUAGAACGUUAGGAGAAAUUCCUACCUUAGUUUUCAAAAAAAAAUCGAAACUAGAAUCUGUCUGUGGUAUUCAGCUCGAACAAAAGCCGGAACACAAAACCUUGGCAACUGCUCGAGGGUGUGGCGAAAGCGGUCCACGUGGAGGCGGCUACAGCUCAGGGGUUAUUAAGGACAUUUGGACAAAGACGGCAGACGUGGAGAGAAUCGACGAGGAGCUGUUCCCGGCGGACGCCAGUGACUGCUGCCGCUGCCUGGAGGCGGAGGCCGAGGGCCUGCGGGCGCCCCACAAGGCCGUGCAGCGGUCCGAGUACCGCCUAUGGGAGGGGCACAAGGAGAGCGUGGCGAAGAGGGCUUGCGGUUCCGGGGCGCUCUCCAAGGUGGACGGCGGCGACUAUACCACACCCUCGAAACCUUGGGGUGUGGCCCAGGAUAAAGAGAACACGUUCAUCCUCGGAGGAGUGUACGGAGAGCUCAAAACCUUCAGCAGCGACGGGGAGUGGGCAGUCGUGCCGCCCAGCCACAGCAAGGGAAGUCUCCUACAGUGCGCGGCUUCCGACGUCGUGACCAUAGCUGGUACCGACGUCUUCAUGACCCCAGGCAACAGUUUCGCUCCCGGUCACCGGCAGUUAUGGAAGCCCUUCGUGUCCUUCGAACAGAAUGAUCAGCCGCGGAGUGGGGAGAAUGGAUUAAAUAAGGGAUUUUCUUUUAUCUUCCAUGAAGACUUCCUAGGAGCUUGUGGUAACUUUCAGGUUGAAGAUCCUGGGCUUGAAUAUUCCUUCUCUUCCUUUGACUUAAGUAAUCCGUUCUCACAAGUUCUUCACGUAGAGUGUUCGUUUGAACCCGAAGGGAUUGCCUCUUUCAGCCCUAGUUUUAAACCGAAAUCAAUCCUCUGCUCCGAUUCAGACAGCGAAGUUUUUCACCCCAGGAUCUGUGGCGUCGACAGAACACAAUACCGGGCUAUUCGCAUCUCUCCUAGGACUCACUUCCGCCCAAUUUCUGCGUCCGAGCUGUCCCCAGGAGGAGGAAGUGAGUCGGAAUUUGAAUCUGAGAAAGAUGAAGCAAAUAUUCCCAUUCCUUCUCAAGUUGAUGCAUUUGAAGACCCACAGGCCGAUCUGCAGCCACUGGAAGAAGAUGCCGAGAAGGAAGGCCAUUACUAUGGAAAAUCGGAGCUUGAGUCUGGAAAAUUCCUUCCCAGGUUAAAAAAAUCUGGCAUGGAAAAGAGUGCUCAGACAUCACUGGAUUCUCAGGAGGAAUCAGCUGGGAUUCUGCCAGUGGGGAAGCAGAAUCAGUGUUUGGAAUGUAGCAUGAAUGAAUCUCUGGAAAUUGCUUUAGAAAGCUCAGAAGCAAAUUGUAAAAUAAUGGCACAAUGUGAGGAAGAAAUUAAUAAUUUUUGCAGUUGCAAAGCAGGUUGUCAGUUCCCUGCUUAUGAAGAUAAUCCAGUUUCUUCGGGACAGCUGGAAGAGAUUGGGAAGAAAGAAAAAGAGGGAAGAAGCGAGAUUCUACAUCAUACCACUGCCAUAUUCCUUCGCUUUCUAUUUCCCGUAUUGAACACUGAUGUUCAAGGAAUGAAUAGGAGUCAAGAAAAGCAGACCUGGUGGGAAAAAGCCUUGUACUCUCCUCUCUUUCCUGCAUCAGAGUGUGAAGAAUGUUAUACAAAUGCCAAGGGAGAGAAUGGUAUAGAAGAGUGUCCAGAUGGUAAAGACAUACCCAGUAACGAAGAGCGUCUGUUAGAUUUUAAUAGGGUGUCUUCUGUUUAUGAAGCAAGGUGUGCCGGAGAGAGAGAUGCCGGAGCAGAAUCCAGUGGCUUCCGCAGAAAGAUCUACUCCAGCGCCGGCUCUGGCUCGGAGGGCUCUGGCUCGGAGGGCGGAGGCGAGUGGGCGGACCCUGGCGAAGAAGAGCUCUUUUCUCGAACUCAUCUCUAAUCCUGCAGAGUAGUACAGAUUAUUUUUUGAGAGUGAUGUGAUGGCAAAUUACCCUUUUGUGAGGCCUGUUAAUCUAAAGCAACAACUUAGGUUUCUUCUUCAAUUAACUGAUUCAGAUCAGCAAAUAUCUUUCUCUUCUUGCUUAUUUUAGAGUUGAGGACAGCUAUCCUGUUGAAGAUUUUUUGUUUUCCAAGCUGUUGAAUUCUUGGCUAUUUGAAAUAGACUAGAUUGUGUUGUCCAAUCAAGAAUGGGUGUGCAUGUGCUUGUCUAGAAGCAUCCCUGCUUUCCGCAUCUUGACUGCAGUUGCUGUCUGUCCUUCCAGCUGCAGCCCGGUCUCUGUCACCUUAGCUCCGCGGUGUCCGCAGCCACUUCUGCUCUCCAGAGACUUGAGCUUUGGAACCUUUAGGCUUUGUUCUCUCAGAACUGGGAUAUAAAUACCUACCCCUACAAUGGAUCGGGGCCUUUCUCAAGGCAAGAGGGAAGCAUGGGUGACUCAUCCACGGUCUUCAUUCAGUCAGAUCUCAUGUACAUUUGAUGUAGGAACCACAAGGGUGUGCUUUUAGAGACUUAAAAAAUACUGUGUUUUCUCUCUUAGGAUUCUCCCCCCCCUCGAGUAUCAUGGAAGACACUGUGGUUUGUGAUUUUCUUGCUAACUGGAGGAGCCAAGGCUUUUGGGGUGUGGGCUAGCAGAGGCGGCCGAGUGGGGCAAGAGCGUACCCCCAGCCUGUUCUUACGUUGCGGUUACUUUUACGCCAAAACACCCCUUCAGGGUUACUCAUGGUGAGGGUCUUAGUUGCAAAUUACGAUUUUCUGGUGACCUCCAUUGAAUCGAAGCCUCCAGAACUCAAAAUUAUAAACGUUUGACAUGCAGUAAAGGCCACCUCGUCACCCCGAAGCAGCCCUGGCUGCAACAGCUAGCUGCUGUCAUGGCCGUGAUUCGGUCGAGCUUAGAUCACAUUUUGUGUUGGAGAGAAUGUUCUGGGCAAGUUCUGUGUGGUGGGCUGGGGGCGGGCAGAGACGUCCUUUCUCCCAGACCUUUGUGAUGGCUUCAUGGGACUCGCUUCCCGCUUCCCGUGGGGGCCCAGCCGUCAGUCUGUCUCCUACAAGUCCUGUCCGCUCAGGAUGGCCGCCGCCUCGGGUUUUCACGCCAGCGGGCAGCAGGUGGAGCUGCGAGGAGCGGUGUUUGUGAAACCAAAUUGUUUUCCUAUUUUUAAAAACAAACAAAAAAACAAAACCUAAUGUGUAAAAUCAGUUGAGCGUGUCUGUAACACCAGGAAUGGCAGAGAAGUCUGACGUGGACGAGACAGCUUCACCACGAAUCGUGGCAGGUAGUACAUACCAUGUCCAGUUCACUAGCUGGAGGCUGGAGUGGCUGAGAAAGCCCUGGUUUGCUUCGAGCCCCAGGUGUGGUUGCCUGUCUCGUAACUGAGAACACAGACAACUCCAAGGCUGGGGAGUCACCGCAGGUUGUGUGUGUCCUCCCUGUGAGAAACCUGGUGGACGGUCGGCUUGGAUCUCACCACAUGUCAGGGUUUGUUCUUACACAGCACAUCUUAAGACACUUUAAAGUGUGUGUGUGUGUGCGUGUGCGUGUGCGGGUGUAUGUGUGUGUGUGCAAGGUUUAUGUUGCUGUUAUUUAUUUACAGACUUUAUAAGGUUUUAUGUAUUUUUCUUUCUUCCGGAGCUUCCUAAAAAGUGAUUAGCAUCUGCACUGAAAUAUAAUUUAACAGCAAAGGCAAAAAAGAAUUGGAAGUUGUAAAUUCCUAAAAUCACUACAGUAACGAUCCUUCUAGAAAUCGUUGCUUAUGUAGCAGAGACCAAAUAAAUAUAUUUCAGAUACAACCUUUAGCUCAGUUGAUUUUGGACAGCUGCUUUUUAUCAAGACAGGGCUCCAGGUGGCAGAGGCACCGACUUCCUCCUGCACUGGCAGGAAGACGGUGCACCUUCCACGGGGGAAAGGGGAUGGAUUAUAAAUGGGCAAGGGGAUUAACAGAUUAUGUAUUUAUUUGUUUUCAUAGCUAAGUGGCUGAAGCCCGGAGGCUUUCAGCAACAGAGUUGAAAGUGUGGUUUUUAGUUUUGUGAAUGGAUGAUCACAAAGAAAAAGCAUUUUUUAAAAAGUUGGCAAAACGCUGAAACGCCCUGUGGUAUGAAGCGCAUUGCGUAUCCGUAGCACUGAAGUAUCCAUUUUCCAUUCCUGGGCUGAGAUUUUUUUCCCCGUGGUUGUAUUGUUCUGAUUUCACGUACACCAGAGUAACUGAUUUUUUGUUUUCUUGUGGAGUUAACACCAAAUAAAAAUUUCGAAAAACA